AUGGCCUCGGGCUGGGACCCUGCCUCUACAUACAAUCCGCCUACCCUGAGCCCCCAGUUAGGCCCUGCCGCUGCCCAGGGCUACCUCCCUUGCAUGGGGCCUUGCAACAACUCUCAUCUGAGCCUACCAGAGGCCGAGUCUCCUUCAAAGACCCCCAAGAGGAGGAAGAAGAGAUACCUACGGCAUGACAAGCCCCCCUACACCUACUUGGCCAUGAUCGCUUUGGUAAUUCAGGCCGCACCCUUCCGCAGACUGAAGCUGGCCCAGAUUAUCCGUCAGGUCCAGGCAGUGUUCCCCUUCUUCAAGGACGACUACGAGGGCUGGAAAGACUCCAUCCGCCACAACCUUUCCUCUAACCGGUGCUUCCGUAAGGUGCCCAAGGACCCUGCAAAGCCCCAGGCCAAGGGCAACUUCUGGGCGGUGGAUGUGAGCCUGAUCCCAGCAGAAGCGCUGCGCCUUCAGAACACUGCCCUGUGCCGCCGAUGGCAGAACCGGGGUACACACAGAGCUUUCGUCAAGGAUCUGAGCCCUUACGUGCUCCACGGUCGGCCUUAUCGGCCACCCAGUCCCCCACCACCAUCCAGGGAGGGUUUCAGCAUCAAGUCCCUGCUAGGGGACCCUGGGAAAGAAUCGACAUGGCCCCAGCAUCCUGGGGUAGCCCAACAGAGCAGCCCAGCUCAGGCAGGCACCUGGUCUAAGGAGGAAGAAGGGAUGUGCCCUGUAUCCUGUAACCUCUCUGAGAAGCCUCUGUGGCCCCUCUGCUCCCAUCCAGGGCCCACAAGAGUAGAGGGGGACACUUCCCAAGGGGAAGUCAUCAGGCCUUCUCCCCUUUCCUCAGAGCAAGGCACCUGGCCUCUCCGCUUACUUCAGGGUUCCUCAGAUCCCAUGGGAAUGUCCAGGAGGGGGAGCAGAACUUCCUUGUGGGGACAGUUACCCACCUCUUACUUGCCCAUCUACACCCCCAACGUAGUAGUGCCCUUGGCCACUCUACCUCCCACCUCUUGUCCCCAGUGUCCAUCUUCAACCAGUCCAGCCUACUGGAGUGUAACUACUGAAUCCCAAGGAUCCCAGGACCUCCUUGGUGAUCUAGAGUCCCACUUUCAGGGAGUACCACCCAACAAGAGCAUCUAUGAUGUGUGGGUCAGCCACCCUUGGGACCUGGCUGCUCCUGCCCCAAGCUGGCUCCUUUCCUGGUACAGCCUGUAAUACCUCAGGGCAGACAGGGCUGCUUCUCUCUUCCACCCUCGGGUUAUCUUUUUUUUUUUUUUUUUAAAUAAAGAACCAGAGCUAGGAGCAUGCCCACAGCAACAGCUUUAAAACACCAGGCACACAGCCUUGCUGAAACCCCACCGCUUUAAUUGGUUUCUCCAGAAAGUGUUUUUGCCUCUGCUAGAUAACUGCAGGUCUGGCCA